CUUUAUUUUUACCGUCUGUACAACUGUUAAGGAGGUUUAGUGUAACUUACCAUUCUUUUAAUUUGUUGUUCACUGUCAAGUCCUGCCCUUCUCCCCCAUGCAAGGAAAACUGGUUACAGCAGAAAACUAAGGAGGGAUAUUGCCUCUGAAUGCAGCGCAGACCGUUUUGUCGGAGCAGUGCCACCUAAACCAGAUUAAAGAUCAGGACAGGAAGGGCCCGGUUUAGGGAAACAGGAAAACUGAUGCAAGGAAACGGCCUACGUCACCAGCCAGCCCACCGCAGUCUGUGCUAAAAGUAAAAUCCACUGCUGGCGCAAGUAUGGAGUCUUUGCUCAAGUCACCAAUGAAACUUGUAGUUUUGACAGCAUGGCUCUCCAGUCUGAUGGACCCAUGCAGCUUCUCUAACAUUUGCGAUUCAUGUCACCAUCUGGCAGAAUGCAAGGCCUUGAAUCGAUCAAACAAUGCCUGCUUCUGCAAGCAAGGAUACACUGGAGAUGGAACUACAUUUUGCAAUGAUGACAACGAGUGCGAGAAUGUGACUAAUAUCUGCGGGGACAGGGGGAUCUGCACCAACACAGAGGGCAGCUACUACUGUACAUGUGUCUCUGGAUACACAUCAACAGGACUGGACAAGUUCCAGCCCAACGAUGGCACCGAAUGUAUUGAUAUUGAUGAAUGCAUGUCCGGACAGGUCUGUGGACCAAAUUCAUACUGCCAUAAUAAGAUUGGAUCUUUCUAUUGCACCUGUCAGCGUGAUUACAUUUCAACUACAGGCUCCAUGGACUUUCAUCCAGGGAGAGGAGCAGGAUGUAAAGAUCAUCCCCAAAAAUUCUGCCAUGACAACAUUGGGUGCAUCACAAAGACAGUCAACAAAACACUUGAAUAUAUGAGCAACCUGACAGAUCCUCAGAGUCAACUCAAAGAAAUCAAUAAGCAAACGUCCGGAGAACUCACAUCUGUGGAAGUGAUCUCGUAUAUUGAAGCCUUGAGUCAGUCAGCAUCAACACUGGCUGAUUACACUGUCAAACCAUCUCUCAUCAAUUCAACUCUUACAGAAUUAGUGAAAGCUGUUAAUAAUUUGGUGGAGAAGGAUGAGCUGGUGGCUUGGAACAGAAUGAAAGAAGAGCGUCGAGAACAUACCAUCACCAAGCUGCUGCACACUGUUGAAGAAAGUGCUCUGACACUGGCAAACAACUACAAAACUCCCACUGAGCUGCAAAUCAUAGCUCCUGAAAUGGAAUUGAAAGUCAUCACCUUUGAUGCUCGUCACAUAAAAGCCACACUGUCGGUUUCCAUGGCAGGAGAUGAGAUAUCUCUGAGUCCAAAACUGAGAGCAGAGGAAGAUGGAAAUGGAAGUGUGUCGGUGGUGUUUGUGCGAUAUGACAGCCUCGGUGACAUCCUGAAGCCGAGCAGCGACCCGGGUGUCACUGACUACUCGCGCUAUGCAGGAACAGGGGAAAUCACUGUCAACUCCCAGGUCGUGGCAGCAGCCGUCAAACCUGCUGACAUUUACCAACUUGACCAUGUCACCUUCACUCUGAGACACAACGAGCCCAUCGACACUAAAGCUGAUGUGACCAAGUGCGCCUUCUGGGAGUAUGAGCCAGACAGUCUGCAGGGCCGCUGGGCCACUCACGGCUGCAGUACGGUCCUCGUCACCAACAACGCCACCACCUGCUCCUGCAGUCACCUCACACACUUUGCCAUCCUCAUGUCCUCCGGGCGAGCCAAUCUGGUGGCCCACCAUACCAUCCUGACCCGGAUCACCCAGCUGGGGAUGAUCAUCUCCCUCAUCUGUCUGUCCAUGUGCAUCUUCACCUUCUGGUUCUUCAGUGAGAUCCAGAGCACCAGGACCACCAUCCACAAAAACCUGUGCUGCAGCCUCUUCAUGGCUGAGUUCAUCUUCCUGGUGGGAAUCAACAUGAAUACACACAAGCUUUUCUGCUCUGUUAUUGCCGGGCUGCUGCACUAUUUCUUCCUCGCGGCCUUUGCCUGGAUGUGCAUCGAGGGCAUCCAUCUCUACUUAAUCGUGGUUGGCGUCAUCUACAACAAAGGCUUCCUUCACCGUAACUUUUAUAUCUUCGGCUAUGGGAGCCCGGCGGUUGUUGUAGCCAUCUCAGCAACACUCGGCUCCAAGUAUUAUGGCACUGAUAAAGCGUGUUGGCUGAGCACAGAAAAUCACUUCAUAUGGAGCUUCAUUGGGCCUGCAUGUUUGAUCAUUCUGGUUAAUCUGUUGGCUUUCGGUGUAAUCAUCUACAAAGUGUACCGGCACACUGCUGUGAAAAAGCCUGAAAUCAGCCACUAUGAAAACAUCAGGUCCUGUGCCCGGGGUGCACUGGCUCUGCUGUUUGUGCUGGGAGCCACCUGGACUUUUGGAGUGCUGCACAUCCUUAAUGAGACCACGCUUACAGCAUAUCUGUUCACCAUUACCAACGCCUUCCAAGGGAUGUUCAUCUUCAUCUUUCUUUGUGUCCUGUCCAGAAAGAUCCAGGAGGAGUACUACAGGCUCUUCAAAAAUGUGCCAUGCUGUUUUGAAUGCCUGAGAUAAAUAAAUAUGACCAACGCCUAAUCAUCUGAAUAACAGUCAGCACUACAGCUCACCAACACGUUGUGACUCAUGCUUUGAUUUUUUUCAAGAUAAGGUGGGAGAAACUGCUCUGAGCAGAUAUCCAGUGAAUGAAAACACAUAGCACUUGUACUUUUUAAAUGUGUUGUUUCUUCCUUUAUAUGACUGGUAUCAUUAUUCAUAUUUUCUUUCAUGUUCAGGAUCUGUCUGUGCAACACAACAUUCAACAUAUUUUCAGUUUGCGUCAAUUCUUUUUUUUCUUUUCAUUUGUCAGCAUUACACAACAUCACAAUAGUAUACUGUCUUUUUGCCUUUCUUUGUGUUUGAAACUGAUUUGUAAAUUAUUUAAAAAAACAAAUUUGGCAAAAUUACUUGUCUCUGUUGAUCACUUUUUUAUGUUUAAAGUAAAUAUUCUUGUGUGAAUGCAUGUCUGAACAUAAACAACUGAGUGUACGGUAAAAUAAAGAGAAGUAGGUGUGAGGUCCAUUACCACUCUCUGGUACAUGAUGCCUCUUAGAUUGGCAUAUUACCCCAUCCAGUGGACAAAAUGAGAAUUACACUACGUCUUCAGUAACAAAGCUCUGAAAAGGAACACUAACACUCUCUUUUAUUGUGACUGUCUAAACUGUUUUUACUGUGUCACUGAACUACUUUCAAUAUCUUGUUUUUAGUCAAUAUUAAUACUAAAUAUUUCUGGUAUUUUGACAGAAUUCAUCAUCAGCAUGGAAAAUAAACAUGUUUAUGGAGA